AUGCCUUCAUCGGAGUCGCCAAGUGGUUCAGGCGAUCAAAUGAGUGAUGAUGUGCUUUCUUCGAUACUUUCAACCGCGGCUGCAUUGGCCAAUGCCGAAUUUCAUGGGGUUGAAGAGGCUUAUGCAAGAUAUGUGAAGUAUACAAAGGUGACUGGAUUUGCUGUUCGAAAAGGGGAUUCCAUUAAAGAUGAUGAAGGCAAUGUUGUGAGGAAAAUUUUCUAUUGCAAUCGACAGGGCUUGUGGGAGAAGAAGCAUUAUGAGAGGGCAGAUAGGAAGAGGGCGCAUAAGGCAGAGACUAGGACCAAUUGUAGUGCGAAGUUCGUUGUAUUUUUAGACAAAGAGAGUGGCAAGUGGAGGACGAAGACAUUUGUUCAAGAUCACAAUCAUGAUUUGACUUUGCUUGCUUUCACUAAUGUGAUGGCAGCCCACCGCAAUAUCAACGAAGGUGAUAAAGGCCACAUUCAUAGUAUGCACGAAGCAGGAUUCCAAACCAGUCAGAUCAUUGAGUUCUUUGCAUAUUUGUCUGGGGGUUAUCGAAACUUGCACUUCAUAAAGAAGGAUGUUUACAACUAUGUCGACGAUGUACGUCGCUCUCGGAUUGUUUAG